AUGGAUAGGGUAGCAGCCCAUUUGCAGUUCCCAGAAGAAGCCACAGAAGGUCAAGCUUCAGCUGAAUGGCUGGCCAAGAAGACUCACAUAUGUCACGUUGCUUCUGUCAUUUUGACAAAAAUUCCCAACCAGGAAGACAGUGCCCCAUCAGAUAGAGGUCUUGGGAGGAUGCCUGAGAAGUUGGCAGCUAAGAAGAAACUUAAAAAGGAGAGGGAGGCUCUUGGUGAUAAGGCUCCACCAAAGCCUGUCCCCAAGACCAUUGACAACCAGCGCAUUUACGAUGAGACCACAGUAGACCCCAAUGAUGAAGAGGUGGCUUAUGAUGAAGCGACAGAUGAAUUUGCUUCUUACUUCAACAGACAGUCGUCUCCUAAGAUUCUUAUCACAACGUCAGAUAGACCUCAUGGGAGAACAGUUCGACUCUGUGAGCAGCUCUCAACAGUUAUACCAGAUUCACAUGUUUAUUAUAGAAGAGGACUGGCUCUGAAAAAAAUUAUCCCACAGUGCAUUGCAAGAGAUUUCACAGACCUGAUCGUUAUUAAUGAAGAUCGUAAGACGCCGAAUGGACUUAUUUUGAGUCAUUUGCCAAAUGGUCCAACCGCUCAUUUUAAAAUGAGUAGUGUUCGUCUUCGUAAAGAAAUUAAGCGAAGAGGCAAAGACCCCACAGAACAUGUACCUGAGAUAAUUCUGAAUAACUUUACCACACGGCUAGGUCAUUCUAUUGGACGUAUGUUUGCUUCUCUCUUUCCUCAUAAUCCUCAAUUUAUUGGGAGACAAGUUGCCACGUUCCACAAUCAGCGAGAUUACAUCUUCUUCAGAUUUCACAGAUACAUAUUCAAGAGUGAAAAGAAAGUUGGGAUUCAGGAACUCGGACCACGUUUUACCUUAAAAUUACGAUCUCUUCAGAAGGGAACUUUUGAUUCUAAAUAUGGAGAGUAUGAAUGGGUCCACAAGCCACGGGAAAUGGAUACAAGUCGAAGAAAAUUCCAUUUAUAAAGGACUGGGGGGUAAUACUGAAUUUUGCUGGACGAGCCUGUCUUGAAAAACUUGGUAAUUCAACGAAACACCCUUUUAAAAAUGGAAUUUGAUUUUAUAAAUUGUGUAUUUGAAAAAAUGACCAAGUACUGUGAAUUUCUACUCCAUAUAUUUUAUUUAGGUCUGAAAAAUUUUUAGGUAUGGUCCUAAAACUUGCUGUCAUUUCAGAUAAGUUGUAAAUAAUUUUAUAGGAAUGAAGAUUCAAACUCUCUAAUUUGCAUUCCCAAAGGACUGUUAGGCUAGAAAAUGGCUUGUCUAACCCCGACUUAAUACAGUAUCAGAGGGCCAGUCACUGGGACUUGGAGCAGUUACAUGGUCACUGAAGUUAACCUGUUUUCUUGCCCCUUCCUACCUAGUUAACCUCUACUUUCCCACUUCAUUCAGGCAUUGUGUUGAGUUCUCAAGCUCUUGAUUCUUUUAAUGGAACUCUUAAUUCCAGAUGGAAGCAGCUACCUUCUUGGUAUAACUAAGUGAGAAUGCCGUUUCAAAGCUGUUUGGAAUCUUGUUGCCUGUGUGAGCCCAAAGGGGAAGAAUGUCAAGUGCCCUGUGCCCCUCUCUUGUCUUAUUAAAAAGGGAUUUUCAUGGAGCUUACCAUUUUAACCCACACUGGUAGCCAACAAACCAUCUCCCCCAGGCACUGGGGUUAUAGGUGUGCACAGUCAUGCCCAGCUUUCUUACACAGGUGGCAGGGAACUGAACUCACAUCACAAUUGCCUAGCAAGUACUCUUACCACUGAUCCAUCUCCCCACCUGUGUGUGGAAUAUUGAAAACAAUUCCCAUAAAUAACUGAAGGACAGAAACUUCAAGUCUCCUAAUUGCAGUUGUUCUGUACGUUCCUAGAAGCCUUGCCAAUAUAAGGCACUGAGUCUUGGUGUUGAAAAGAUUAGUAUACAGCACAUUUCACAUCAGUAA